AUGAGGAACUCGAAGAGUGCCCAAAUGUUAAGGCAGGCUGACCGCGCCAGUCCUAUACCUGCGCCACAUUCGCCUCGCCGCCAAAAGUUGAAUCUUAGGAUGAAGAGCCUUUCUUUGGAUUCCCCGGAGUGUGGAGAACUGAGGAGGAGACCAGCUAGGGACCAACCUUCGCAGAGCAGCAAAGUUCUAUAUAACAGGACGUAUUGCAUGCGAUACGGCUCGCUGAGAGUAAAUAACGCUGUAUAUAAUUCGCAAUCAUCUCCAUCAUCGCCGGUGCAUAGCCGCCGUCUUCUGAACACUCGGGUGGGUCGUAUGAGCAGCGUGGAGUUACCAGACGAGCCUGACAAGAGCCUUUCUUCAAACAGCGCCAGCCCUUGUCCAUCACCAGUGAAACAGCCCACGAAGCACCAGCGUCUCUUACCAACCAACUUGUACGUGAUUCUCUACAACUUCAAGUCCCGUCACGCUGAUGAGCUGGACUUGAAGGCUGGAUAUAAGGUCACAGUGAUCGACACUUCCGACCCCGAUUGGUGGAAGGGCAAAUGCCUAGGAAAAGUCGGGUACUUUCCAUCCAAAUAUUGCACUAAGCUGCAGGCUGGGGAACGACCGCUGCAAGUCACUCACAACUUACAGGUAUCUGACGGUGACAAUGGCCUGAUGCUUCUCCGUGACCAGAUCGUGAUCCAAGUGGGUGAUGAAGUCGACGGCAUGGUGAUGAUCCGUGCUGGAGACAACCGACAGGGAGUGUGCCCUGUUAAGUUUCUACAGGAAGUGUGA